CAGCCUGAAAUCACACCGUGUUUGUGUGUGCCAUCCAUGGGCUGCUCUAUAUUCUCAUCCUUAUAGGGCCGCUCAUCAUCCGGGUUCGCUUUGCCCUAGAAACAAAUGCAGCUCUGGACCGACAACUUUAUUCUUCAUUCGUUUGGUUUGACGUUGCACCGAACGAACGUAGGAACUAUAUAGGCUAAGGGAUGACUAUUCACAGGAGUGUAGCCUAGAUGGUCUAUCGUGUUCAUGGCGUAUCAGCAAACUGUCAUCUUCCGUCCUAUCCGUGAUGUUUUGACACAUCGAUGUGUCGUUUGAAUGUGCAACAGGCUCCCGCCAUAUAUUUAUGCGGUUUAUGGAGACGAUGGAUCAUCAAAGGGAGGAUGCAUCUUAGUGCCCUACAUUUUUUUCGCUUGUGGUUACAUUAUAGCAAUUUUAUUAAUGUUGUUCACUUACGACUAUGACUCUUUGAAUUGUGAUCUUUGAUCUGCACACAACUGAACAGCACUUCAGUUUGGCGAAGUAAUUUUUGUCGAGGUUUGUGCCAGAGUAUAAGGGAAUUUAAAAUGGCAACUCAAGUUACGGGGAGGAAAAGAAUUCCCAACCGGGAGAAACUAUCGGCGGAGGAUGAUGCGCUCAGUCAAAUAGCUCGAGAGGCGGAGGCAAGACUGGCAGCUAAACGGGCAGCCCGGGCAGAAGCUCGAGAAAUCCGUAUGAAGGAAUUGGAGAGGCAACAGAAAGAGAUAUAUCAGGCGCAAAAGAAAUACUAUGGGCUGGACAACAAAUGGGGCCAUAUUGAACAGUGGAUGGAGGACAGUGAGCGGUAUUCCCGCCACUCUAGGAGACAUACUUCGAUAUCAGAUGAUGAGGAGCGGAUGUCUGUUGGCAGUCGGGGGAGUUUGAGGGGUAACCACACAGAUCUCUGCAGCAGCACCAGCAGUCUGCCUUCAGCCAGACUACAAAAUGGACGGGUCUGUCCCUCUCACAAUCCCUAGCAAUCCCUCUUUAUUCCUGCCUUUAGAAUUAGUGCCCUUCCUCAUUGUUUUAUCUAAUAACCCUUUCUUCAUUUUGCCCGCUCCUCUUUCCUCGUUCAUCUCACAGGAACGCUUUUUUUCAAACAACUGUCGGUCAACCACAACUGUUCCAAAUUAAUAGACUUUCUAAUCAAAACUAUUCAACUUUCAUUGUAAAUAAAGUUUAUUGGCAAAAAUAACAGACUUACAGCUGUUUUCAAUUUACAAAUCAAACAAAAGUUUGAAAUAGUUCAACAUAACAAAUUUUUCAAGUGGUUUCCAAAUUCAACUGAAAAUGCAACUUUGAAUGACUUCUGGAGUCUUAAAAUUAUUCAACCCUUUCAUGGCAAGCAUCUUUUGUAUGUAGUAGAACACCCUUUUGCUGUUACCUGCUGCA